GUGGCGGUGGCGGGCGGCCGGGGCGGGGCCGACGGGUUUUUUGCUCCGAUGGGGAAGAAGCGCAGGGGCGCCGCUGGGGUGGUGGUCGGAGGCGCCGUUCGGAAGAGGGAAGGCACGGCGGCGAAGAGGAGGAAGGCGGUGGCGUCGGUGGGGAGUGCGGAGGAGGAUGUUUUGUUGGGUCGUGGCGGCGGCGGGGAGGGAGAGGUCGACAGGGGGGACGGAGGCUGCUAUCUGCGUCUGCGGGGCAGGAGGCUGUGCCGCGUGGCGGCCGCGGUGCUGUCGCCGGAGCCGCUCGGUACUCCGGGGGUGGAGGAGUUGUUGGGCGGUUCCGGGGAGGAGGAUAUGGCGGGGACUGGGGCCUCGCGCAGCGCCAGCACCGCGACGUCGGAGGACGCCGGCGCUAUGGAGAGGGUUGAGAGGAGCGGUGGCGCCGACGAGGAGGUUUGCAAACAGGCAGGCGGGGAUCGCGACGAGGAGAGCUCCGUCGGCGACUCCGGCUGCGGCCGCGAGAGGAGGGAGACGACGCCGUCGAGCCGCCCGCCGGGAGACUCGAGCGACGCGGACACACCCCACGAGCCCCAGGAGCAAAAGUGCAACCACGGCGGCCGGGCCCGGAGCACGACGUCCUCAGCGGCAAUUCACGCGCCAGAGAGGACGAGGAGCACCAGGAUUCCACCGGCGGCGGCAGAGAUCGAGGAGUUCCUCGCCGCCGCAGAGAUGGCCAGUGCCGAGCGCUUCGCCGCCAAGUACAACUUCGACGUCGUGCGCGGCGUGCCGCUCGACGGCGCCGGGCGGUUCGAGUGGACGGCGGUGGGCAGCGGCUGAGGAGCGCGAGGCUCCGCAGAGUUGCAAAGCGAAGGCUGGCCACGCAUGGUAAAUAAAAGCAGCGAGGAACCAGGAAAAAAAAUAAAAGUAGGGCUAAGUUACUGUAGUCUUAAUUAUUUUUGAAAUUUAUAGGAUGAUUUUAAACAAUUUUUAGAGGAUCAUGGCCUAUGAAUUUAGGUCUAGGGCUCGAGCGAUGAUUGUCAUAGCCUCCUAGGCCUUUACCGCCCCUGAAUAAAAGAGAUUUCAUUCAGCUAAUAAUUGAAAAUCCAAGUAAAUAAAGAGAAAAUGAAAGGAUAAAUAGAAAGAGAAUCAGAAGAGUUUCAUUUAUUAGUAGCCUGCCCUGAACUAUGUUGAUCUGGUGACUAUGUUACUUGCUGUAAAUAA